AUGAGCAACAACAAACAACAACAAUCAACAACACACCAUCACAACAACCACAACACAACAAACAACACACAAACAAACAACACAACACAACAACAACCAACAACAACAACACAACAACAAAAACACAACAACACACAACAACAACAACAACACCAACAACAACAAACAAAACACAACCAACAACAACAAACAACCAAAAACAAACACAACAAAACAACAACGACAACCCAACACACCCAACACCACACACACCAACACCAACACCAACGCAACAGCAACGCAACAGCAAACACCAACAGCAACACAACAGCAACACCAACAGCAACACCAACACAACAAUACACACACACAACACACAACCAAACCAACACCAACACCAACACCAACACCACACACAGCCAACAGCAACAGCCAACAGCACCCAAACAGCAACCAACGCAACCAACCAACACCAACCAGCACACAAGCACACAACACAACAGCAACAAGCAACACCACAGCAGACAGCAACACAACAGCAACACCAACCACAACAACACAACCAACAACACCAACACCAACACAACACACACCAACACCAACACAACAGCAACAGCAACGCAACAGCAACCAACACCAACACCAACCCAACCAACACCAACAGCAACACCAACACCAACACCACAAAACUGA